GAUGAAUAAAAAAAAAUUUGGAGUGGGUGUGUUUUAAUUCUUUGUGCAUCGAUCUAUCCUGCGCUCUAGUGUACAAUCUUUGUUACAAAUGUAAGUAACUUGGCAACGUUGUACUCUUCACAGCUGAUUUGUUUUAAAAGAUUUAAUUUUGCAAUCGUUCUAAUGUAAUUAAACUUAUACUGCUUGAAUUGUCUGAAGAUCGCAAAUGUGGUAACUUCUCUAAAAUUUUACGUUUCAGAUCAAUUAACUAAACACAAUUAGGGACCAAAUUAACGCAAAAUAAAUUUCAUAGUUGUUCAAAACUUUUAAAAAAAUUGUAUCUUUUUGGUAUUAUUGGGAUUAAUCAAAGUGUUACCCCAAAGUAUUUACAUCAGAGAAAGAGGGAAUGGUUUACCUGCUGGCUAAUUGGGGUAUGGGAGAUUCUGACUUGCCGGCUCGAAACAGCCUUCAACACAUUACUGGUAAUGUAUCAGCCGUCAGCAGUCAGUAUGUUGAACAUCAUUCCCAUGAAUGCAUACAACAUCCUGAUGAAAGUGAUGAUGAUGAAGUCGCAUUGCAUCCACUCAACAAUCAGGUUGGGGGCCAUACACGACUCUUACUAUUAAAUCAAUCAACAAUAUGCAAGCCAUUGAAUUAUCGUGAGCUCGAUUUCUACCAGAACAUUCCCACCGACAUCCAAAUGUUUGUGCCGAAAUAUAAAGGAGUAAUGCAGGCGACCAAUAUCACCGGCAUCAAAUUGGACAAACGUUACAGCCCAAAUUUUCGUGAUGAUAUUUCAUCUCGUACAGGAAAAGUCACCGGUGGAAAACGCAAACGUGACGAAGUUUUAAAUUUGCCUUACAGAAUGAAAGUACAUCGGAAUGGGAACGCCAGCGAAGUAUUGAAGAGUAUCGCCACCAUGGACAAUAGUGAUAAACAGUAUUUUUUAAUGUUGGAGAAUAUUACGUCACAUUAUGUGCAACCGUGUAUAUUAGAUCUUAAAAUGGGAACCCGGCAACAUGGCGACGAUGCAUCAGCGGAAAAGAAAAGUAAACAAAUGGCAAAGUGUGCGGCAAGUACAUCAGCAUCUUUGGGUGUGCGGUUGUGUGGCAUGCAAGUCUUUCAAGCCGAUUCAAAUCAUUAUGUAAAACGUGAUAAAUAUUGGGGACGUGAAUUGAAUGAAGAAGGUUUCAAGCAAGCACUUUAUAGGUUUUUCCAUAAUGGUUAUAGAUUACGUGUGAAUGUUAUUCGUAAAGUACUCGCCAAAUUGGAACAAUUACGAAGGGUUAUUGAAAAACAAUCCAGUUAUAGAUUUUACUCUUGUUCGCUGUUAAUGGUCUACGAAGGUCACGAAGUGAUUCCACGUCAAAGGAGUGAUCUUGAAUAUCAAGCUGCAUUUUGUAUCAGUGAAAACCGAACACUUGAACCAGAAGAUGAGAGCAGUGAAGCAUGCUGUUAUGAUGCUGAUAUCAGUAACUCCUCAGCAGAUUUUAAUCUCACAAUGAACCAUGACGAAGUCAGUCAAGAUUCACAUCAGCGAGGCUUUGGUGAAGCGGCGGCACGUGGUGCUAAAGCAACUAGUGCAUUCUUUCCAAUAUCCGAAGAAACUGUUUUCUUAGAUUCAGACCCAACAAUUCCAAGUAUAGCAACAUCAAGUCCGGUGUCUGAAGACAGUUGGAUGUUACUAAGUAACAGUAGUAGUGACGAAUAUUCAUGUCAAAUAAAUGCCACCAGUUCGGCGGACGAUAUUUCAUCCGAUUUUGAAACUUGUAACAUAAACACCAAACGUAAUCGUCAUCAGCUGCGAAUAGACGAGGCUGGUGAAGAAUUAGAAGAAGAUGAAGAAGACGAAGAUAUGCUUCAUACAACAACCGCGUUAAAUAACACAAAACGGCCGCGUGUUAAAGAUAUUCAAACAUCACAUAAUUUAACAGUACCCAAUUCCAUGAAACGACGUAUGCGUCCACGGCCGACGAUUUCACCACAAGUGGAUGUACGUAUGAUUGAUUUUGCACAUACAACAUUUGCUAGCAAAACAAAUCCUUCCCAAACAACAGUACAUCAAGGUCCUGAUUGUGGUUUCCUAACAGGACUCGAUAGUUUAAACAGAUUAUUAAUAGAAAUUUUAGCCGAAGGUUAAUUCACUUUUAAAAUAAAUGUAAAUAUUUUUAAUUUAAAAAAAAUAAUAAGCUGACUUCAAAAAUUAGUUUUUUCUAUUGGUUAAUUUGUUCGGUGAUGGAUUUAGUAAAAAAAAAACAAAUGUGUAUAAAACGCAGUGCAUGUGCGGUCUGCUAUGGCAGCAUGACGUAAAAACAAAUUUUUAAAUAAUUUUUCUUUUUGUUUUUUAAAAAGUGUUAACAAAAUUUAUAUUUUGAAAAUCCAUGAUAAAAACUCUCUUGUAUUUUUCUCAAGAGGGUAAUUAUUUAAUGGUGUUAUUUGUUAGAAGUGUAAUAGCCAAAAUAGUGAUCAAAAUUUGAUAAAUCUGAACCUCUUACUUACUACCGCGCGGUUAUCUAAAGUUUAAACAAAAUGGAUAAGUUUUUAUUUAUCACUUUUACGCUAUCUCGGAAGAUUUAACGCUAGGGUUCGAGAAAGAGCUUAUAAAUAGCGUAACAUUCUAGUAAAAUAGAAUAGAAUAUAGAAACAUUCGAAAAGAUAAGAACGGUGAUUUUCUGGCAUUUUAAUAAAAGUACAAAAUUUAGUGGCUUUUUACUGGAUCGAACCUGACGAAUAUUUUGAAAAUAGAGUGGUUCGAUACAGUAAUAUACCGCUAAAUUUGUUUCAUAUUUUUGUAUGACGACACUAAGGAACGUUCUUAUCUUUUUUUACCUUUCUCUCUUAGUCCUAGCGUUAAAAUUACCGAGUAAGCAUAAAAUAGUUGCCCUUUCGUGUAGCCUC